AUGGGCGAAAAACCGAAAGAGCCAACCAAGAGGAAACCAGUCAUGCAUAACCUCAGAAAUUUUAACAUAAUGAUACAUAUGUUUGCGAUUUUCUACUAUACUCUUUACCCAGGAACACGUAUGCACGAAUCAUUUAUUAGCAGUCGUCCUUAUUACUUCUUAUUUGUAUUAGCGAUAUACUUAUAUACUUAUUCAUUCUUUGGAAUUGCUUGUUUUAAAACUUCUUGGGUUACUGCAAGUCCAGAUAACGUAGAAGGACUUUUCUAUUGCAAGAAGUGCAAAAUGUAUAUACCAUGUAGAGCAGCGCACUGUAAGCACUGUGGAAGAUGUGUAUUACGAAGAGACCAUCAUUGCCCAUGGACUGGAUGCUGUAUUGGACAGAACAAUCAUCAAUAUUUCUUAGCAUAUCUUAUGCUCAAUACGAUUUAUGUCAUAUGUGUUUUCCAAGACAUCAUUUAUACUUAUAUUUAUCAAGAUGAUAUAAUUCACUUUGUAUUUUUCCAUCCAGACUUCAUUAUCAUGACCGCUCUUGUUAUUUUCUCACUAUUUUUCUCAGCUUCAAUGGCAUCUACUCAUCUAUUGUUCGCAUUAGGAAAUAGAACAACAUUCGAACAAGUUCUCUCAUACAAAUUGGAAUAUUUACGAAAGUACCCGCCAUCAAUAAACCCAUUCAGCUAUGGGCCGAUUGAUAAUUUUAUAGAAUUUUGCCAAAUGGGCCAUUACAACAUUACUUGGGAUGUUCCACCUCCACCCGAAGAGCUUGGCCUCAAUUUGACAAAAGAUGACUUUCCUCCAAAAUAUUUCAAGUAUUUGGAAGAACUUGAAGAGAAAGCUAAAAAUCCAAAGCCUGAAGAAACUGAUGAAGAUCAAUUCUAA